GACCCCUACUUGCGCGUGCGCAUCACCGGACUCGACCGCAACCGGCGCGACAUCCUCAUCAAGUUCGACGCGCAGACGAACCUCUCCAACUUCACCGGCACCACGUACCGCAAUGUGUCGCGCUCCUACCUCGAGUUCCAACAGUUCUACGAGAGCAUCGUACACAGCAACCCGCAAACAAUCGUCCCUGCCCUCCCUCUUGCGCAGACAUCGGCGCCGACGGAUGAGGAGGAUGACAGGCUCGUGCGAAUCAUGCUGCAGCGGUGGAUGACGAGGAUCUGCGAGGACCCGAUCCUGCUUGCAGAUGAGGAUCUCAGGUCGUUCAUUGAGAGUGACUUCGGCUACCAGCCCACCCCUCGACCACGCCGGAAGACCUCCUCCGGCUUCAGCCUCAUCCGACGCGGCGUGCCUGAUGAGGACGAGGAGUUGCAACGCGCCCGGUUCGAGCUCACCAAGCUGGAGGGGCAGUUCUUCGAGACGGCACGCGCAGUCGACAAACUUGCAUUGGCGCGUAAAACCCUCGCAGGAGCUCACUCGGAAAUGGGCAACAAACUCAUCAACGUCGCGAUCACUGAAGCCCACCCUCCCCUUGCCAAUGCCUUCCGCAAGAUUGGUCGGACAUGGCACAGCGUUGCUGACCUCGAUCAGGCGCAAGCUAUAAGCGAGUGCGUUGUAAUCGGCGACUCCCUUGGCUACCAAGGCAUGAACGCGCGGUCGGCCAAGGAGACGCUCCAGAUGCGCACUGGAGUGUUGGAGGAAUAUCAGGCCGCAGUGAAGACGACUAUCUCGAAGCGCAGGCAGAUUGAGCGCUUAAAGGCGAGCUCGAAUAUCCGGCCAGACAAGGUCGACGACGCGCUCGAAGACAUGGAGGAGGCAAAUAAGUACGAGCAAGUACUUGCCCGGCGAGCGGAAGGCAUCUCGCAAAACUUGCAUCGCGCCCUGGAAACCCAUAACCGC